AUUUUUGUUUAUCAAUUUACCGGACAGACAAACAUAACCUUAAAAACUCAAAAUAAGUUUUAUCCUUAUCCUCCCUUGAAACCCUUGUAACUUAGCUAUAUAUAUUUUCAGAAAUGCCAAAAAUAAUUAAAAUUGGGCCCAGUACAAAGUAUGUAGGAAAAACACUGUGGGAAAUUCUAGGAAACUUGAGAAACUUAGGGGUAGGAAGAAUCGUGAGGCGCAGCAUUUAUGAGAGGUAUCCUGAACCUACCUACUAUAGAAUUCUCAAAGUUGAUACACUUCCUCCUCCUCAGAAAACAGAUGAUGCCAGAAAAGUACGAGCUUAUACAGAAAGAGUUUUCAGGGGAAGGAAGUUUGAAAAGAUUUAUGAAAUAUGCCAAGAAUCCUGGGCGCCCGAUUUCACUUUGGUUCCAAAAUCAGAAGAAAAGGCUUUAUUAGAAAAAGCAGAAGCGUCAGUAUAUCUUAAUAAGAAAACUGUCCCAAAAACAAUUUCCUUUCCACCACUGUUAAAGGAACUAAUAAUCCAAGACAGAAAGGCAAGGGGACUUCCUGUAGAUGAGGAACCUCGCAUGAAGCUGGUGAUUCGGGAGGAAGAGGACCAGUUAUACAGAAUAACACAGGAUGGCGAAGCUCCGUCAGUGAACUACGACGGAGGGAAAGGCACACCUAAGACACCCCAACUAUACGAGAUACCUCAACUUUUCAAAGAGAAGCUUAAUUUGUCUUGAACAUUGUUGCAUUGUGCUGUUAGUUAUUUUCUAUAUUUUGUUUUGAAAUAAAUUUUGUUUGAAAAUAUU